AUGGCAAUGGAGAACUGCACUGUAUUUACUGAGUUCGUUUUCUUAGGGCUUUCUAGCAGACAGGAUGUGCAACUUGGACUCUUUGUGUUCUUUCUCUUUGUUUAUGGAACAACUGUGGUUGCCAAUGUAGGGAUGAUCUUGCUCAUCAAGAUGGACUCCAGACUCCAAACACCCAUGUACUAUUUCCUGAGUAACCUGUCUUUCUGUGACGUCUGUUAUUCCUCCUCAGUCUCACCCAAGAUGCUGGCUGAUUUCUUAUCUGAGAAAAAGAGGAUCCAAUAUAAUGUAUGUUCCAUACAAAUGUAUACAUUUUGUGCAUUUGGUGAUACUGAAUGUCUAUUGUUGGCUGUCAUGGCAUAUGAUCGCUAUGUAGCUAUUUGCAAUCCACUUCUUUAUACAGUUGCAAUGUCCAGAAGAUUCUGUACCCUGCUGGUUUUCCUCACCUAUAUCUUGGGCUUUCUAGAUUCUGCAGUCCACACUUGUUUAGUUUUCCGGUUGUCCUUCUGCAAUUCCAAUAUAAUCAAUCACUUCUUAUGUGACUUUCCUCCCAUGUUAGCUCUUGCCACCUCAGAUACAUUUAUUAAUGAGAUAAUGUUAUUCAUACUUGGUUCCAUUAUUUUUGGUUGCAGUGUCUUCACAGUCCUCCUCUCUUACAGCUACAUUAUAGCUACCAUACUUAGAAUAAAAUCAGCUGAGGGGAGACGAAAAGCUUUCUCUACCUGUGCCUCUCACCUUUGCACAGUGGCUCUCUUUCAUGGCACACUUCUCUACAUGUACUUGCGACCUAGCUCCAGUUAUUCCAUGGACACUGACAAAAUUACUUCUGUUUUCUACACAGUUGUCAUCCCUGUGUUAAACCCAUUGAUCUAUAGCUUAAGGAAUAAGGAUGUGAAAGAUGCCCUGAGAAAAACAAUCAGCACUAAAUUAUGUCAUCAGUAG